GUGUCACGUUUAAGGGGCGGAAACAGCAAGACAGAAGGAACAAAGUACAGUUUACACGGAAAUCAUAAACAUCUGGUCAAAAUAUCACUUUACCCAGCAGUACAGUGAAAAGGACAAUUACUGAUACAAUGUCGAAAAAGAAGGAAUUUCCUAGAGUGACAGUUCGGACGCCGAGGUUUCGAGAAGGCACUGCCCUCAUGAGAGCCCAUGAAACAAUGGUUGAUUUCAUAAAGGGUGGUGCACAAGGUUCUUUUAUGGAUAUUUUGGGUGUUGGCAUGUAUGGUUUUAUGCAAAAUUUAGAGGUGGAUCCAGACCGUGAUCUCAUAUAUUCAGAUGAUGAAUAUGAAGAUGAACCUGUUAAUGAACCAAAUCAAGCUCAAAAGCUAAAGCCUCACCCACAAUUAAAGGAGCUUGAUGAUAAGGAGGCUGAGCAAAUAAAAAGAUCUUUGGAAGAAGAACAAAAACGGAAAUCAAAAUCUGAAAAGAAUAAGCGCAAGAAAAUGCGUAAGAAAGAAAAGAAACAACAAGAAAAAGAGGAGACUGAACAGAACGUUUCACAUGAGGAGGAACAAGGAAAGUCUAAUUUUUAUGAAUGUGAAGACCUUAAUAAUGAAGAAAUUAAUAUUGAUCAAAAUAUUAUUGAUAAUUAUAAAGACAUUGAUAAAUCUGCGCCUGAUUUAUCCGAUAAACCCUGUUCUAAAGAAAAAAAUGAUGAAUUGAUAAAAGAAGAAAAACCUGUCAUAUUAAAUAAGGAAAAAGAUAAUCCUCCAAAGAAUAUAGAACUUAAAAACCCCACACCUUGUAUAGCUGUAUCUGUACCUGAGAAGAAGAGCAAAAACAAAUCUAAAAAUAUGGGAAAAGCCCAGACCAUUCAAAAUAAUAAGAUUAAAAAUGUGGAAGUUAAAUUGCCCAAAAAAGAAGAGUUUAAGGUGGACAAACCUGUCAAAAUUGAAACAAAGGAAAACACAGAAAUUAAACAUGAAGAAAAAAAGGGUGAACAUAUAGAGGAAAUUGUUGACCCUAUAGUAGAAGAAUAUGCAAAAAAGAGUAAAGAAAUGGCAGCUAUUGGAAACCGUUUGGCUGAAAGUGGAAAGUACGAAAUGGCCAUAACAUUCUUUAGUGAAGCUAUUAAAUUCAACCCAAAGGAAUACAAAUUAUUUGGGAACCGUUCAUUCUGUUUUGAAAAAAUGCAACAGUUUGAAGAAGCGCUGAGUGAUGCUGAGGUGUCUCUGUCCAUGGAGCCAAACUGGAUCAAAGGCUUGUUCAGGAAAGGCAAAGCACUUUGUGGCCUAAAGAAAUACUAUGAGGCUUCGCUUGCCUAUGUAGACGUGUUAAAACUGGACAGUACAAGUCAAGAGGCCGUAGUGGAGCUGAAACGGGCCCAGACUCUUCACCUUAUGGAAAUGGGAUUCACAUGGACCCAAAGCAACAAUGCUCUUAAAACACAUUCUACUUUGGAAGAAGCGUUAGAAGCUCUGUUUAAUGGGGAGUGUGAUUUCAGUCCUGAAGAAAAUGGCGCCUAUCAGUUGGAUGUCUCACAGAAGGAGUGGGAGAAUUUUCAUUUAUACACCAAAAAUAAACCUCAAACUAAAGAGAGAAUUCAACUACCAGCUCCAGUCUCAAAAAAACAAGGCAAACCGGAGGUGUUUCCAGUCUGGGUUGGUUCUUUGGCUCCGACUGUCAACUACGUGACUCUACAAGAGGUUUUCAGCAGAGCUGGGGCUGUGCUCAGUAUCAAAAUGGUACUGGAGCAUCAUUGUGCAUUUGUGAACUACGCCCGGAAAGAGGACAGUGCACGAGCCAUUCAACUUCUAAAUGGCUUGUUGCUGGAGGGCUCUCCUCUGUUGGUGCGAUAUCCCAGUCGAUUUCCUCCAGGGAUCGGAGUCUCCAAAGAUGCCCUCACAGACCCCCUCACUCCCCCCAGUUUAGAGAAGGAGUGCUUUUUCUGGCGGACGAUUGGAUGCAUGAAAAACGACUGCACUUUUAAACACAUCCCACAGAACAGAGGCAUCGACCGAGGACUGUUCAACCAUAAACUCGCUCACUGAGUUCUGCCUUCUCCCGUACUUAUACUUGCACUGCACUCUCCUGUGCUCUAUCUCUGAAUUAGAACUUUAGAUCUCUGUAGUGGUCCACUCAAGACACUGCCUUAGUCUGCUAGCUUAACUUGGGAUAAACAUAUUUUACUAAGAGAAUUUUAGCUGAUCCUUUGUUUUUCUUAAAACAAGGCUUCUUAAAAUUGAUACUUUCCAGUUAUAUUCUGGACACCAGUAGGUGGCAGCAUUGCCCUAAUCUGUCUCUGUUGAGGCAGUCCACUUGUUCAUUCAUCUUUUCUUUGAAAGCCUCUUGGGUUUUUUUUGGUUUAAUGAGAAAACAUAUUAUUGUAUUGACCCUAUUCAGUUUUAUGUUUCUAUAAUUUGUGUUUGUUUCAUGCAUGUUUAAAUCUAUGUGCGGUGGUUUUAUCCUGGUUAUGUUUUAGAGAAAGCAGCAGAAGUGCCCAUUACUCAGUAGUUUGUUCUUAGGAUUUUUUUGCUUAAAUCUCUAAGUCUCACUCACACUGUUUCACUAUAAGCGGCUCAGAUUGGCAGUCUUAUUUCCAGGAGUCAGCCCCAGGUCAACUGUAGCUCCACAUUACCAUAGUAUGUGGGGAGUGAAUGUAUAAUGCCCAAACUGUAUAGCAUAUACAAAACAAGCCAUAAUUAUUUUCAUUCUUAACCAUGAACCUCUUCUCAUCUCUCUCUCUCUGGGAACAUUAGCGGAAUUUGAUUAUCUCCAUUUUCCUCUUUGUUUGACCUGUAUUAAACAUUCAAGAUCUAGGAUACUAAACAUAUACCAAAGUGCUGAAUAAUUAGUGUAAAAGUGGUCCGCUGGUGGUGGAAACGCUGCGGUGUUUUGCUGCGUGCUUAGUCCUGGGUUCUUGGAGCAGCUGUUAUGUGGGCAUUAAUUGGCUGACACAGUGGCAUACCUCCAUGAAGCCUUAUUUGAUCGUGGGGAGAUUUGAGAGAAGAAAAGGACUGUAAAACCAACAACAUGAACUCUGUUUGAACUCACAGCAGCACUGGUACAUUUGCUGAAGCAUUACAAUGUCAAAAAGCUUUUCUAGAGUAGGCUAUUUUGUGUUAAAUAAGGCUGAAACUGUGUCCACAUAAGGAGUGAUGAGUGAAGGCAUGUGAACUAUAUGUAGAGGAAAUGCGUUUCUUUUUGCAGCGUUGUGCAAAGACAAUCUUCCACUUGAAACAAAGCAAACAAAGGUGAGAUUAACUACAGGUUGGACUUUGUAACACUGCAACCUUUCUGGAUGAGGGUCUGCCACCUGCUUGUCUCCUUUGUUGCACAGUAUCUAUAUUUUUCUGCUUAUUUCACCAGGUCGAGUUACACAUCAGAUCUAUGGAGAGGCAAACACACACUUAGAAUGCAUGUUUUUCAAGGUAUUUAAUUGGUAAAAAUGCCUGUAUUUGAAUAAAAGAGAGAUAGAUGUUGAAUAUUGUGGAACAUUCAAGGCAAAGCUAUAACAUCUCCUUGUUGACGAAUAGGCGGUGGACCCUGCACUAGAAAAGUUACAAAGUGGACCUUUAACUAAUAUUUCUUUUUACCUUCCUUCUGAAAUUCUGGAAGACAAAUUACACUCGGCAAAGUGAAUCCGAAGUAAAAAUUAUGCAGUGUUAAUGUGAAUCUGGAAACUAGUAAAAUAAAUCAUAAGUAAUGUCAAAAGUAGUAACAAAUGAACUAAACAUUGCAAUAUUAGAGCUGUAUAUUUGUCAUAAGUAUGUGCAAGUCCUCCAGUCCAAUUUCUGGUUAUGGUGUUUUUUAGAGACUGUUUAAUAUGUUUUUAAAGUGGGAUUAUAUCUGCUCACUUCAAUAAUUGUCACCUUGAUCCCUAAUCAUGUGUCAUUAUUCCUGAUAUUAAAUGCAUUAACCUGUGUUCUCCUGGACACACCUCAUACCAAGGGCAGAUUUCAUUCAUAUUGGUGUCAGUGACAAUUCCACCUUGACAAUGCUCAAUUUUCUGUAAUGUGGAAAGCUAAGCAGGGUUGAGCCUUGUUAGUUCUUGGAUGGGAGACUGCUGGGAAUACCAAGUGCCACAGUGGAGAAGCAGAGGUAGUAGGUAGUGUAGUACAUACUGUCAUCGUGUCCUUGGGCAAGACCCUUUGCCCACCUUGCCUCCUAAGUCCAUGUACAGUGGUGUAUAUGAUUGUGAUUAAGAGCAGUGUUUCUCAAACCUUCAGGUCCUUAGACAGCUCUUCAGUUUGUGGAUUUGACUAAUUCAGAGUUUAAUUUGAUCCCCUUUUUUGACCUCCUUUGGACAAUUUCUUGUUUAGAACUACAGUGGAAAUGAUGUAGUCCACUUUUAGACCUGGUUUAGUUCUAGAUUAGACCUAAAAUUGAAUUAGAUCUGGUGGUACUCGGAAAGCCGAAUCUUUUCUUUGAGGGUACUCAGAAAAAGGCACUGAUUUAGAGUGUUUGUGAGAGAGGGAAUGGAAAUCAACGGAUGAAUAUUUGAAAAAUGUAUAACAUGCUGAUUGGUGACGAGGAAAGACAGAACUUCAUUUAUCAUACAUCAGAGAGGAAAAUCAUCCAAAUAAACCAAUUGCAUACAAACAACAUACAAAUUUGGCCUUUACAAAUGUUUGAACAAAAUAUAAAAUUUAAAUAAAAUCAAAGUAUAAACCUAUUCGGGUAAAAUGGUCAUGUUUUUAUAUAGCGCUUUUCCACCUUCAACACAAUCAAAGCACUAGUGGAUCUGACCACUCAACCAAUGAUGUUUAUGUCGAGAGCGGGAUUCGCACCAUCGACCCUCAGAUCAGCGUACAAACACUCGACCAUCUGAGCCACUGUCGUCCUUUGUACAGGCUCCAUAUUUAUAGGUGAUGAUAAAAAACUGACGAGAUCGACAGACAAUAGGCAUAAAGGUUUGAUUUUUGUGCUAUCAGAUUAAGUGCAUCCAAAAGCUUUUAUCAAAUCUGUCUUUCUUUCGUAGCUUUGAAAACUGCUGACACGAGACCGAAACACAUUGAUAGUUCUUUGUUGAUGAAUGGUAAUGCAGUAGAUAUCCGCCUCAAGAGGAAGAUACAGCUGGAGUAAUUGAAUGCUCUGGUUUCACUGCGGAGAGACACAAUCAAAUUUUUAUUCUAAUUUUGUGGGUUCUGUGCUCGGUAAAUAAACUAUUGAUGAGACGAGGGGGAGCAGCUGACUCACACACUACAUCAACAAACUAAAUGCUGCUCUGGGGGAUGGCUGUAGAUGAAGACUAUUUCUACUCCCAUUUUUAGUAAGAAUCAGAUCUAAAAUUUAAAGAUGAACUAUGUAACUUUUCAGGAGUGUCCACUGCCUCAAAUAUGGCAUCAUCUAUCUCACAUUUAGUGUUUAGUUUAAGGUGAAAAAUCCAUUCUUCCUGAGUCGGAGAUGGGUAUAUUAAACGCCUAACAUUUCAAGCCGUCUGCCUCUUGUCAUGAAGAUGUUAUUGCUUUUCCCUAGAUUAGAAUGUUCCACAGCACGGCAUUAAAUUUAUCUAUCCCUACGGAGACAAUUAACUAAAUGGUGAUAUUUUUAUACAGCGCUUUUCCACUUUCAAGGCACUCAAAACCACCAAACCACUCGAAAACUCAGGGGCGAAACACUCCAACUGAGUUACUGCCACGAAAAGGCCAAGUUACAGGUCAGAUCUGUGGAUCGGACGGCGCCCCCACUCACAGGAAGAAUAUUGGUACGAUGUUUUCAAGGUGUCUUUAGUGAGAAAAAACACCUGAACAAAUGAAAGAUCAAUACAUUUAGUGCUAGAGGUACAUUCCAGCCAAAUCAGUAGCAUCUCCAGGUCAAGUAGCAGCAGAUACAACACCAGAAAAGUUACACAGUGUGCCUUUAAGGUUUUGAGAAAAGAAAAAAGACUCAAAACAGCAAUAUGCACAAUCAUACAAGUUGGAUGAUUCUUGUCUACGAGUGUACUCUGUGCUAUAACCUCUCAACAUAUUUUAAACAUAUUGUCACUCUACUGUCCAGUAGUGUGUUUAAUUAGAUCACUUCCACUCUCCUAAAUGUGCUCAGUGUCUGUCUGGGAGCCUACAUUUUGGAGUUAAAAGUAAUAGAGACCUCAUGCCCUUUAAAACAAAUGUGCAA